AUGCCUCGUGGUAUUAGUUGGAGUUACAAUGAAACAGACGCUCUUAUUCAGAUAUGGGCAGAUGAAAAUACUCAACAUGCAUUGAAGUCUAACAGUCGAAAUCGUUGCGUCUAUGAAGAUAUUGCCAAACGUUUACAAAUACUUGGAAUAAAUCGAAAUGCUGAUCAAUGUCAAAUGCGAAUUAAGUUAUUAAAAAAAUUAUAUCGUCAGGCAAAAGAAACAAUUAAUCGUGGUGAUCGUAGUCAGAGACCGUGUCCAUUUUAUGACGAAAUUGAUAUGAUUCUUGGGCACACAUCGUUUACUGAUGAUAAUAUGGUUAAUUAUGAAUGUGAACAAAAUUAUGAAAAUGAAGAUGACGACGAACAACAAGUUGAAAAUAAUAAUUAUUAUUCGAUUAUUAAAGAAAAUGAUAGCGACGAUGAUCCAAAAAUGAAGAAAAAUUAUUCUGAAACGAAAGAGAACGACAAUACAUCCGGUUAUGAACCAUCGUUUGAACAACACGAAGAUGAAGAGGACAAUAAAAGUAAUCAUCGAUUAAUAUCAUCACCACCACCACCACCACUGCAUAUGAAUAACAAAUCAAAGUCAACGUUGAAUACAAUUAAAUUUUCGUCAUGUUACAAUGAUAGUUUAACAUUAGCAAUAGAAAAACUUAUCGAUUACAAAAACAAGUCUGAGAGUCGUUGGUAUCAAUUUUUAAAAGAUCAAUCUGAAUUGGAAAAGAAGCGUCGAGAACAAGAUCGUCAAUAUCAGUUACAAGUUCUACAAUUGCUAAUUCGUGCAACGACAAUACAGCAGCAAAAUAACCAGUAUCAGCCACAACAAUCAUUUCCAUUGACGGCAUUCCAACAAUUGUUAUCCAGUUUAGAUCCAACAUCAAUUGCUGCUGUAAUCUCAACAGUUAGCACUCAUCAACAACAACAACAACAAAAACAUAAUAAACGUCCUCUAUCUUCAUCACCAGUAGACCUGAGUGAAAAUAAAGUUAAAAAACUACAUUUUUCAAUCGAACGAGAAUCUAUAACAUCAAAUAAUGGUGAAAAUAGUUCACAUUCUCACGAUGAUAUCGACUGA